UCUCCAAGUCUGGGCAAAAUAAUGGGGAGCUGUUUGCCCGGUGGGUUGCUGCUGGUGGUUUUGCUGCUGGCUGAUUCACUUCCUCCUGAGUUGUGGGUGUGGAAGGAGGAGGGGACAAAGCUGCCGCCCAGCCAAAAGGGAACAGGUGCCACAGCAGGUAGAAAGGAAGAUCAGGAAGAGAGUGGCCAAAGGCGCCUAGUGUCGGGAUGCUAACUCCCUUCUGGGGAAGCUGGGGAUCGUUUUCAACCCUGGGGCCUGUUGGCUGAUGGCAUCUUGCAUGCUAUGCCCAAGAGGAGGUUGGCUGCCCUUGCUGCUGGUGCUGCUGCUGCUGCUCCUUCAGCCUGGACAACACAGCAAAAAUAAAGAAUCCAUAACUACUACAAAGCCAUCCACAACAAGUGCAGAUCCCUGCAAAUACCAUGGGGAAGUCGGUGGAAACUUUGUCAUUGUGUACUGUCCCUUGGAUAAUGCAAAUGUCACAGAAGUUUUCAGAAGACCAGAGGUGAUGGACCAGGAUCCAGGCUGCGUCAACAGCACCAGCCUUCCCACUCGGUGCCAACAGCAUGUGAUCUUGGAUAAAAACUGUUCCUCACUCACUGACUGCCUUGAGUGCGGAGAGCCAUGCCCUGUGCAAAAACUCACUCAAAGGGACCAGACCAACCAUUCUGUAACUCUUCACUGGCAAAUCUCCAACGACUGCUGCUACAAGACGCACAGAGGCAGCGCUACAACAGUCCCUAAAGCCAGCAUCAGUAACUGCACAGCCAACAUCCCAAAACUGUCGCCUGGGCAGAACUACAACAUGACAGUGUUCAGAAAACUGGAUGGACGGUGCAGCAAGGAAUCAUCCAUCACUGCCUUCACCUGCCCUUCACCUGUCCCGUACAUCAAUAUACAGAAUCACACGGUGGAUGCGCUGCAGAUUGAAUGGGCGGCGCCCAAGGACCCUCAUGCCAGCCUCUAUAGUUACAAGGUCUGCUUGCCAGUGUGCCGCAACGCCUCCGGAAACUUGCUUUGGGUGCACAACCUGACACCAGGCAAAACAUACAACGUUGAGGUCUUUGCCGUUUCUGCCAACAACGUCUCCAGCAUCGGGAGCACCAAACAGGCCACCACAGCUCCAAAUGCUCCAGAGAAUAUAAGCAUAUCGCAGUGCGAGACCAACAGCAUCCCUGUUUCCUGGGAUCGACCCAAAGACCUCAAUGCCGCACACUAUUCGUACAGGGUGAGCUGGUGUGGCGGAAAAGGCGCAAACCUGUCGGGGAACAAAUCGGUUGGAGUUGAUUGCCUCAGCUACAACAUCACACAACUCCUGCCAGGGAUCCUGUACUCAGUGAAGCUGGCCUCAGAGAUUGGUGAGGUUAAGAGCAAAGAAGCCAGCAAAUGGGCUCUGACAUGCCCCUUGCCCCCUACAGAUUUCAGGGUCCACAAUAGCAGCCAGACAGAAAUUGAAUUAUCCUGGAGGAAGCCGAGCUCAGCUUUCAGCAGUUUUCUGCUCCGGUGGAAGAACUUGAACGAGUCCAACGACAAUGAAAUGCGCCUUGGCACUUCCACGGAGAUGACUUUGAGAGGCCUCACUCCAAGCUCCAACUACACCUUCACUUUGCUGAGCGUAGCAGAAGGAGAAAACAAGACCGCGUACAGCGUUGGCGUUCUGCAAGAAGGGGCUACAAAGCCAGACCACGUGAAUAAUUUGAAGUGUGAUUCCUCCAUGUGGGGCGACCGUCUGGUAUUGUCCUGGACGUGCCCAGCCAGCGAGGUCAGUAAAUUGCAGGUCUGUCUGUCAGACCAGCUUGUCCAGGAAUGGACGAUCUGCAAAGAGGAGACGGAGAUUGACAACCUGCAACCCGCCUGGAGCUACUUGGUCCAAGUGCAGACGUUCUGGUAUGAACAGGAGGCAGCGUCCGCCCAGAAGAUGUGCACCACCAACAACGCAGGGGUCAUCCUUGAAACUCUGCUCCCUGUGCUGCUUUUCUCAGGCCUCCUCAGCCUCCUGCUGUUCUAUUUCUGGAGGAAAAGGACGAAGCGUGUCUUGGAGAAACAGAAAGCAGAUAUGGGACUGCCUGGAGCCCUGGACUCUGUGCCUGUGUUGGCUUUCCCAGCUUACUGCCACGAGCGCUUCUCCAACAGCGGCUUUGGUUUUGCAGAGGAAUACCAGCAGCUGCAGGACGUGGGGACAGGACAGCCCCAGAGCGUGGCAGAGCGGCCUGAAAAUCAAGUCAAGAAUCGCUACAGCAACGUUCUGCCAUACGACCACUCGCGAGUUCAGCUCACCAUCAAAUCCGGAGACCCCAACUCAGAUUACAUCAAUGCAAGCUACAUGCCUGGCUUCGAGAGGGAAAAGGAGUUCAUAGCAGCCCAAGGCCCACUGCCUGGGACACUGUACGACUUCUGGCGCAUGAUAUGGGAGCAGCAGAUCGUGACCGUGGUCAUGCUCACUAACUGUGCCGAGAACGGACGGGUGAAAUGUGAACGCUACUGGCCUCUGGACUACACACCCUGCACCUACGACAACAUCACAGUGUCCGUCGUCACAGAGACAAUCCUCCCUGAUUGGACCAUCCGGGAUUUCACUAUCAAGCAGGUGAGCCUAUCCGAGGUCCACCUGGCCAGGCAUUACCACUACACGUCAUGGCCGGACCAUGGGGUGCCCAAAAUCACAAGCACCAUCCUUCACUUCCGAGACCUCGUGAGGGCCCACAUAGAGGAGCACAGAGGCGCUGGGCCAGCUCUGGUACACUGCAGCGCAGGUGUUGGCCGGACGGGGACGUUCAUUUCCCUGGACUCCCUGCUGCGCCAAGCCCAGGUCACAGGGGAGCUUGGAGUCUUCUCCUUCGUUCGGAAGCUGAGGAUGAACCGUCCGCUCAUGAUUCAGACUGAGUCCCAGUUCAUCUUUCUUCACCAAUGUCUCCUGGACGCCCUCCAGCCUCCUGCUCAGAGCGACAGUGAGAAGACAGAGCACACGGCAGUGUAUGAAAACACCUGGGCCCUGCAAGGCUACGAGGUCUCCCGGGUGUGACAGCCUGUCUUCUUUGGCCAUCGUCCCGGCAAGCGCCCAGGAGGCCCAUGUGCCCAAGGGGAAACCACAGCAGACUUUGGGAUGGGCUUCCCUAGGGAGGGAGAGGCUGGUUCCUAGAGGAGAUGCAGACUCACUUGCGAUCCCUUCCCCAGCCCAGUUUUGACAUGAUUGUGCCAGCCAGCUGAGGAAGUGAUGUGUGUGUGUGUGUGUGUGUGUGUGUCCCCACCCCCUUCUCUCUUUGUGGGUUGGAAGUUAAAUUGCACGCCUUGUAUCUGUCGGGAACAUACGAAAUGGAAAUGUGGAGCUUAGGACUGAGAAGCUGAGAGGAGCCUAAAUGGACAGAUUUGCUCUUGCAGUGACCUGUCCUUUGGCUUUAUGGGUGAAAGGCAGGUACGGAAUUUUACAAAUAAAAUGAAAUAACCGAUCAGCACGCAUAUAUCUGAGGAUACAACUGUGGUAGCUCUUCUGUAGCAGCUCUGGAGGCAAAUGGUAGUUUCAAGUGUGUGUGGGGGGGUGAUUUUUGGUGGGGGAACAUAAUGGGGGACUGGGACAAGCCCCCCCAUUUCCCCACUGCACCACUCUAACAGCCUAUCUCAGGCUUCCCAAGGUUAGGAGAAGUAGAGGAGGAUUCAAAGGUGUGCUUAAUGUCACCUCUGGAUUGACCAGGGGUUAAAGUGGGUGGGGGAGAGGGAAAGAAGAUGCAUCUAGCAAAUGAAAUUAGCAGGAUCUAUCAUGAAGAAACUUAUAAUGAGCUUAAUCAAAAGCAGGGAAGCCUCCAGCAGCGUAGAGAGCAAACAAUCGGCGAUGAUUGGCAACCACUUGUCUUAUCUAUAGGAAGGCAAACCCACUUAGCUCAGUUGGUUAGAGCAUGGCGCUGAUAAUGCCAAGGUUGCAGGUUCGAUCCCUGUAAGGGCCAGCUGCAUAUUCCUGCGUUGCGGGGGUGUGUGUGGACUAGAUGAUCCCUAGGGUCCCUUCAAAUUCUAUUAUUCACCCCAAGAAGAAACGAAUUCAACUUUGUCUAUAGGUCCACAGCAUUGGACUUGAGAGCCAGCGUGGUGUAGGGGGUUAGUGUGCCGGACUAUGACCUGGGAAACCAGGCUUCAAAUCUCCACUCACUGGGUGGCCUUGGGCUGUUCACUGCCUCUCAGCCUAACCUGCCUCACAUGGUUGUUGUGAGGAUGAAAUGGGGAGGAAGGAAACCAUGUACUCCACCUUGAGCUCCUUGGAGGAAAAGCGAAAAAUGAAUGCAAUAAAUAAAUAAAAGAUAAAAUUGACUAAACCACAAGCAGAUUAAGUGGCCCGCAUGUUUGUUGCAUAUUGACGGUAUGGUGAUGAAAUCCACUGUAGUGUUUACAGUAAGAAUCUUUGGUUCAGGAGCCUUUGGUUCAGCCAUGAAGCUCACUGGGGCUGCGCCAUCUCAUGCCCACUGUUUUGUCCAAGCUGAACCUACGUACCUCCCAGGGCUGUUGUGAAGAUAUAUUGAGUAGGGGGGUGGGAAUGCCAUUCACAAAGUAAUGAAACAAAAGCAGAAAAGUCAUGAACAAAAGCAGAAGGAAUUGGAGAGGAUUAAAUUCUUUCCCUGUUUUCAAAAGAUUUCUUGUAUCAUCCCAGAGAGGCGAUUCUCAUUUGCCGUAGGAGUGCAGAUUCACACAAGCCCUGUGCAGAAAUCCCCACAACAGCCAGAGCCAAGAUGAGGAUGGCAACAGCUUGCCCACAUGAUUUUCAAGGACAGGUCAUACAAAGGGUGUUGGUGCAAAUUCAGUAUGAAAAUCCUCAGUAGAUAAAAUCUCAUGGCUUCUGGUAUUCCAGAUGCCUCGUCUUCUCAAGCUCAUGCCUUGAAGCCCUGUCAGUUUCCCUCCCAUCACAAAUGUCAACAGCCUCUCUCUUCCUGGACUUACAAGUCAUUGUUUAUACAAAUUAGGGCUGUUGCCAAACCGAAGAAAUUUUACAAAUGGACACCCCACUGAUUGUAGACUUUGCUGGAGGUGUAGGAUUGCAGCCACAGCUGGAUCACUGUGUGCAUUUGGGUCAGCUAAUCAGUUGAUUAAAUCUACAUUGAUUUGCGUAUGAGUAAGCCAAUACCAUGGGGGGGGGGGGAGAGCAUAAUUCUGAUUUAUUUUGGGUUUUUUAGAUGGUUUAUCUGAAUCCACAUGAAUCACUUCCCAUAAAAGAUCUCAAAACAAUUUCACAGCAAAAACAAUCUGCAAUGAAAAACAAUUCCAUAUGUAAAAACAAAAAGGAUGGAUGGAGUAUAAUUUAUUAUACGGUUAAAAAUGAGCAUACUCUAUUUAAUACAACAAAUACUAAUGUGGAUAAAAUAGAGAGAAAUAAAAUGGUAGGUAAACAAAACUGAAGAUUUAAUAACUUGAAAAAGAGAUAGAAAGUCUAUGUAGACCCAGUAGGCAAGAAUGACUGAUGUAUUUCGUACGUUGUCGUGUAAAAUUUUGCAACUCAUGCUGUAAUCUUUGGUUUUCCGUCUUCUAGAAGUAAACUGGACAGCUCCAAA